AGGGAGUCCACACAGUACAGUGUCUUCACAGCGCUCAGCGUAUACACAUCGAAAGCAGGACUACUCUCGACUCCUCAGCAUUGAGGUACUGUGUGGCUCGCUGGCAGCCGGAAGGACUAUGAGGGUGGCUGCCGCAUGCACUGCAGAGCUCUGUAACUUUGGCAGAUAGGAUCAUUAUACCCCUGUAAGACACCCUAAGAGCGGAAAAGAUGAAGACUUGGAUUGUACUUCUUCUGUGGGCAUGUGCACACCAGAGUGUGAAUGCAGUUGCCCUUUCAAGAGGGCCAGUUCGAAGGAAAACCAAAGAAAUUGAAGGACGACAAGACAAAGAUUUGCUCAGACGUUCAAAGAGAGGAUGGAUGUGGAGACAGUUUUUUCUUCAAGAGGAGUACACAGGAACAGAGCACCAGUAUAUUGGCAAGCUUCACUCAGAUAUGGAUAGAGGAGACGGCACAGUGAUGUACGUUCUCGCAGGAGAUGGUGCGGGGACGAUCUUUGUGAUAGAUUCCAACUCAGGCGAUCUGCAUGCUACCAGGAGCCUGGACAGAGAAGAGAAGCCUUUCUACACGCUCCGAGCCCAGGUUGUCAACAAGAAGACCGGCCUCCCACUGGAGCCAGAGACAGAGUUUACUGUGAAACUACACGACAUCAAUGAUAAUGAGCCCAAGUUUGACAAGGAGGUUUAUACAGCGUCCGUACCUGAGAGGUCACACAUUGGCACCUAUGUCACUCAAGUUACCGCCCAGGAUGCAGAUGAUGAAAUGUUUGGCUACAGUGCUAAGCUGUCCUACAGCAUCAGCCAGGGUCAUCCAUACUUCUCAGUAGAGCCAAAUACAGGUAUAAUCCGGACGGCUUUGGGACCUUCCGAUAUGGACAGGGAGCAGAGGGAGCACUACCAGGUGGUGAUCGAAGCCAAGGACAUGGCCGGCCAGAAGGGGGGCUUAACAGGCACCACCACAGUAAACAUUAGCCUCACCGAUGUCAACGAUAACCCUCCUCGUUUCAUGCAGAGUGUAUAUCAGUUCAGCGUUCCAGAGAUCACCAAGGUAGGAUCAUCGGUUGGCAGGAUCAGGGCUGUGGAUGCCGACGUCGGCAGAAAUGCGGAGAUGGACUAUACUGUUGUUGGCGGAGACGGUCUGGAUGUGUUCGACGUCAGCACUGACAAGAACACCCAAGAAGGCAUACUUAGUCUUAAGAAGCCUCUGGACUAUGAAAAGAAGAAAUCAUACACGCUUCAGAUCCAGGUCCAAAACACACAUCCAGACCCACGCUUUCUGAGCUCGGACGCUAAGGACAUGGCGACCAUCAGGGUCAGUGUUGAGGAUGUGGAUGAGCCUCCUCAAUUUGAGAAAAUCAGCUAUAUUUUGGAGGUGAAAGAGGACGCGGCUGUGGGCACCAUGAUAGGAUCGGUCAGCGCUGUGGAUCCUGACAUACGCCGCAGUCCGGUCAAGUACUCCAUUGACCGGCACACAGAUGUGGACCGGAUUUUUGGUGUCUAUGCUGGGAAUGGAUCUAUAUUCCUGCAGAGGCCUCUGGAUCGAGAAGAAUUCGCUUGGCACAACAUCUCAGUGAUCGCGACCGAGUUCAGACACUUAGACAACCCUGAGCAGACCAGCCGAGUGCCUGUGUACAUCCGCGUACUGGAUGUCAACGAUAACCCCCCCAUGCUGGCAUCCUUCUACGAGACCUUCGUCUGUGAAAAUGCCAAAGCCGGUCAGAAAAUCCAGACGAUAAGCGCAGUGGAUCCAGAUGACCCGGUCGGUGGACAUCGCUUCUUGUUCUCUUUAGCACCAGAGAGCUCAGUGCGAGCAAACUUUUCAGUCCGAGAUAAUGGAGAUAACACAGCUGGGAUCUUAACACGACGCACCGGAUUUGGCCGAAUGCACAAGAGCACCCAUCUAGUGGCUGUGGUGAUCUCAGACGGACACAUUCCCAUGCAGAGCAGCACGGGCACGCUCACAAUUCGGGUUUGUACGUGCGACCGAGACGGCAACAUGGAGAUGUGCAACGCCGAGGCUCUGAGCAGCGCUGCGGGGCUCAGCACGGGGGCGCUGGUGGCCAUCCUGCUCUGCAUCCUCAUCCUGCUCUUGAUCGUGGUGCUGUUUGCUGCCAUGAAACGUCAGAAGAAGAAAGAGCCUCUGAUCAUCUCCAAGGAGGACGUGAGGGACAAUGUGGUCAGCUACAAUGACGAGGGCGGCGGCGAGGAGGACACUCAGGCCUUUGACAUCGGAGCGCUUCGGCAUCCGGAAGUAAUGGAGGAGAGCAAACUGCGGCGGGACAUCUUACCCUCCGAGUCGCUCUACCCUCCGCCGCCACUUCGCAGAACCUUGGUGCCGUCCCGUGAGAACGCAGAUGUGCGGGACUUUAUCAACCAGCGCGUGCAAGAAAACGAUGGCAACCCCACGGCUCCUCCUUACGACUCGCUGGCCACCUACGCGUAUGAAGGUAACGGAUCGGUGGCCGAGUCACUCAGUUCGCUGGGGUCCGUGUCCUCAGAAGGGGAGCAGGACUAUAACUACCUCAGCGAGUGGGGACCACGCUUCAGGAAGCUAGCAGACAUGUACGGCGGCGAGGACAGCGACUGGGACUCCUAACGGACAGACUGUGGAGUGAGACUCAUUUGCUGAUCUGCCUCUACAUGAAGGCUGGAGUGGCAGAAUGAGGCAUCCUAAUUUCUUUUACAAAGUGCCCUUUAUCCUUCUCUUUGUCCUACAAUCAGACAGCCGGUUGCUCUGUCCUGAUUGGCUGACGAAUUUCAUGCUCUGGCGAGGAGGACGUAUCCGUAUGCCGACUUCUCAUCAGAAAGAUCAUCUGUGGUGACAUCUUCCUGCAUAAUCCCAGAUUGCUCUGGAGAUGUCUGCAGUUUUUCAUAUCCGUAACCAUCGCUGAAAACGUUCUUUUGAAAAUCCAAGCAUUUAAUGCAGAAGCGCUCUUCAAAUCCUGCUGCAAAGAGCAGUUUAUCAGUUGACUGUGAGCCUGUGAAACACUUGAAGUGACACUCGAGCAGGUCAUUGACUAAAAAAAGGCCAAGGCCGAGGACUUUAUGAAAAUAAUGAAACCACCGCCAAACUCGAGCCUAUGAAUUCACCAUCAGACCUCAACGUGUAGCGGGCAGCUCAGAAUCAAACCGCUCAACAUCAUAGGAGUUGUCUAAUAACUGGGAGGAAUUUUCAAACCUUACUAUUAACCAUUUGCAUAAUUUUACUAAUCUUCUUACGCACUCAAGAAAAGAUGUGUUGUCCUGUAACCCGAAUCAAGACGGAUUGUAUGAAGCCCAUCUAGAAAAUGGGUCAGAAGAUGUUUUACGGUUGGCACUGGUUUUCAUCAUCCACAUGAAAAGAAAAAAAAGCCAGAAGCUUACAAUUAUCUGCUAUGUCAUUGGACCUAAAUGUGUUUUGCUUCCUUUAGCAGUCUGACAAACGUUUGGUUGAACUCAGAACUGCUUAAUAUGACUUUCAGACUUUCACACGGUCCCUUAAUGACGUGCUGCAAAAUUUACAUUCCAUACUAUUACCUUUAAUCACUGUAUGCGUGUGUGUUUUUUUCCUCUGUGUCUAUUCAUUCGGAUGAGACCUUGACAUGAACCACAAAAGAGUCAAACCAGCCGAAAGAGAAUGAAACGUUAAUAUCCAUACAUAGAAUUACAGCUUCGUGGACCAACAGAUCGAAACCAAAAUUGUUGAUUAAUCAAAGUUUAAAGCUGCAAUUCUCACCUUUCCUCUGACAACCUUCUGCUUUUAAUAGCGAGAGUCAAAUAACCAGGGAAGUAAUAAAAGCUCAACUGAUUUAUUCCUCGGCUGAAUGUUAACCACAACAGUGUUGUAUUGAGGUGUGAGUCAAAUCGUAAAGUAAAUCACUCCGCAAUGAUUGCGCCCUCUCUUCAAACUACAAAAUGAGCCUGAGAUUGCUUUCACCUCUUCAGUUAGGAGGGGGUGAGUCAGCUCUGAACGGCGCUCCAGCAGGUAAAUAUUUGUGUUUUAGAAGCAGAAAUUCCAUUCUUUGUCAUUGAUAUGCUGUAAAAAAGACAAAAUGAAGAAAAAGAUGGUAACUCAUGCUGUAAAAACUUGGUUUAAUGAACAGUGCUUUGUACCAGUGGCUUGGGAGAGUAGAUUAUGUCCAUGUUCUACUUUGCUUUAUAUCUUGUGAAAUUUUGUACCAAAUAUUUAUAUACCACAAUGAUGACUAAAUAUUCUUGAAAUAUGUACAUUCAGUAUUAUUGUUUCUGUGUUUUCAAAGUGUUAAACUGUAAAUGUGAGCUGGUUGCAGUUCAUUUGAUGA